AUGAGAAAGAAAGAAAAAGUGUACAGUAACAUAAAGAUUGCAGUUCCGGCAAAAUUCAAAAUAGGUGAUCCGGUACGCAUCAGCAAGUUUAAGAUAAUCUUCGAGAAAGGUUUUACGCCCAACUGGACCACCGAGAUUUUUCGAAUAGUUAAGGUACAACGAACCAAUCCCGUGACGUAUUUACUGAAGGAUUCGUGCGACGAACUGAUCGCCGGAGGAUUCUACGAGUACGAGCUGCUGCAUGUCUCCGAUCCCGACGUAUAUCUUGUUGAAAAAGUGCUGCGCCGAAAAGGCAACGAGUUUUAUAUGAAAUGGUUGGGAAUGUACGAGUUGCAUAAUUCCUGGAUAAAUAAAGCAGCUAUAGUAUGA